GCGUUGGUAGAUGAUCUCUGGAGGGCUCGGGACAGGGGGUGCUCCUCUGUCCUGGUCCUGUUAGACCUCUCAGCGGCUUUUGAUACCAUCAACCAUGGUAUCAUGCUGCACCGGUUGGAAGAGUUACGGGUGGGGGGCACUGUACUGCGGUGGUUCUCCUCCUUUCUCUCUGACCGGUUGCAGUCUGUGUUGGCAGGGGGUCAGAGGUCGACCCCAAGGCCCCUUAUAUGUGGGGUGCCACAAGGGUCGGUCCUCUCGCCCCUUUUGUUCAACAUUUAUGUAAAGCCGCUGGGUGAGAUCAUCCGUGGUUUCGGGUGAAGUACCACCAGUACGCUGAUGAUACCCAGCUGUACAUCUCCACCCCAGACCACCCCAACGAUGCCCUUGAAGUGAUGUCCCAGUGUCUGGAGGCUGUGUGGAUCUGGAUGGGGAGGAACAGGCUCAGACUCAACCCAUCCAAGACCGAGUGGCUGUGGUUUCCGACGUCCCGAUAUAGUCAGUUGACGCCAUCGCUGACUAUUGGGGGCGAAUCAUUGGCCCCCACGGAGAGGGCUCGCAACUUGGGCGUCCUCCUGGACUCACGGCUGUCUUUAGAAGAGCAUUUGACAGCCGUGACCAGGAGGAUUUUUCAUCAGGUUCGCCUGAUUCGCCAGUUGCGUCCCUUUCUGGAUCGGGACUCCCUACACACAGUCACUCAUGCCCUCGUCACUUCCCGCCUGGACUAUUGUAACGCUCUCUACAUGGGGCUCCCCUUGAGGAGCACCCGGAGGCUCCAACUGGCGCAGAGUGCGGCCGCGCGGGUGGUUAUGGGAGCAACAUGGCGCUCCCAUGUGACACCCCUCCUGCGCGAACUGCAUUGGCUCCCGGUGGUCUUCCGGGUGCGCUUCAAGGUUUUGGUCACCACCUUUAGAGCGCUCCAUGACUUAGGACCUGGUUAUUUACGGCACCACCUACUACCACAAACAGCCUCCCACCAGCCGGUACGCUCUCAUAGAGAGGGACUCCUCCGGGUGCCGUCAGCCAAACAAUGUUGACUGGCGGCCCCUAGGGGGAGGGCCUUCUCUGUGGGGGCACCUACUGUCUGGAAUGAGCUCCCCCCCGAGAUACGAAGGAUCCCGGACCUGCGCACCUUCUGCCGCGCUGUGAAGACCUUUUUAUUCCACCAGGCGGGCUUGGCCUAAUCCUUUCCCUCUUUUUUAAUAUGUAAAUUUUAAUUUGUUUUAAAUUAUUGGGGUGUUUUAAUUUGUCAGGGCCAAAACUAUUUAAUUCGAUUUUAUCUGGUUUUUAAAUUUUUUGUAUCUAUGUAUUUUAUUG